GUUUGGAUAUUUGCUGUCCUUAUGAAACACUGUUUUCGAGAUUUGACAGAAUCUCUUCUGUGCAACUGAAAAAACUUAGAAGACAAAAAGAGAAGUUGUAUAAGAAUUGUGAUAAUACUGGUGUCCGUAAAAUAAACACCCUUAUAAAAAUUGAAAUAGAAAGGUUGAACAGACUAUAUAAUGAAAAAUUUUUAUCAUGUAAAAAUCCUUCAAACAUUUGGAAACUUUUCAAUAAACUAACAAGUAAAAAACAAAUGUCCGUUGAUGCUUAUUCUGAUGUUAAUGCUUUAAACAAAUCAUUUAUCAAGAAACAAAUUAAUAUGGUUGUACCUGAUGUACCUAGUCAAGAAAAUGGUCAUUUUCAGGGUUUUGAAGAAAAGGAUGUACUAUUAUGUUUGAAGUCAUUAAAUCCAACACACAGCCUUGGUCCAGAUGGUGUACCAAGCAUUCUUCUCCAAAAGUGUGCAGACAUCUUGUGUCAUCCUCUUACUCAAAUCUUUAACGCAUCAUUUAAGAGGGAAACGGUACCUGCUGACUGGAAAGAAAUCAAGGUUGUACCUGUACAGAAAUCAUCUUCUGGAGCAGGUAUAAAAUUUAGACCAGUCGCUAUAACAUCUCCUUUUUUGAAAACUAUGGAGAAACUUCUUUUGAAUAUUCUUAAACCUUCUUUAAAAGCUUUUAGUGACCCUAAGCAGUUUGCUUAUAAGUGUGGAAGAAGUACAUUAGAUGCAGCCAUUGUACUACACCACAAUAUUGUUUCCUGCCUUGAUAAGGGCGCUAAGUUCGUUCGAACAGCUUUCUUAGACUAUACUGCAGCUUUCGACUCUGUUCCUAGGACACUUUUAUUAGGAAAGAUGAUUUCAGCACAAACAGAGUCCUGGGCAACUAGAUGGCUGUCUUCUUAUUUUAAGGAUAGGAAACAGCAUACUGUUUUGGCUGGAAAGCGCUCCACUUCCCAGCUAACUGAAAGUGGUGUGCCUCAAGGUGCAGUACUUUCUCCAUUUCUUUUCUCUUUCUUUCUGCAUGACCUUCCGAACUCACCCAAAGUUAACUUCAUUAAGUAUGCUGAUGACCUGACCGUUUCUGUCCCUGUAGUUUCCACAUCGGAUUGUUCCUAUAUGAAUGGCUUCCUAGCUGAAGUUAAGGAUUGGUCUGGCUCAAAUGGUCUUAAACUAAAUCCAACUAAAUGUAACACUGUUGAUUUCAGCUUGAGAAGUGAAAAAGACAUGCAUGGAUUGAUUCAAUCUCAUGAUUGUUGUAAUAUUGAUGGUACCAUGAUAGAGAGUAAGUCAAGUGUUUCUUAUCUUGGCAUUAGUUUCUCGUCAAAUCUUUGCUGGUCGUCUCAUAUUCUUAUAGUUUCUAAGAAAGUUUUCCGUCUGACUUAUUACAUAAAGAAGUUGAGACACUCAGGUAUAACUCAAUCUCUUAUCAUACAAUUUAUUAAUUCAUGUGUUUUGCCCAUCAUUCUUUAUUGUUCUCCAUUAUUCUUCCCUGGGCUACUCAAGAAAGAUCAUAUAAUACUACGAAGAACAUUGAGGGCUGUAAGUAGGGUCAGUGCUAUCCCUUUGACUGAACUAAAUGACACUGUUGUCAAUAGGCAUAUGAAUUCUUGUAAACACUUAGCUAAAGUUAUCUUAUCUGAUAGUGAACAUCCUCUUUAUUCACAAUUGUUUCCUUGUAUCUCUUCGGGUAAGACCAGAAGAAAUUUUAUAAACAUUUAUGCUCGUACUACAAAAUAUAAAAAUUCGACCGUUCCAUAUUUGGCACGAGUAUUGUGUGAAGAGACAAAUAUCAGAAAAGAACUUUUACAACUUUUGAAUCAGUAACUAAACUAUAAAAUGUAAUGAUGCAUAUUAAUGCAAGUGUUAUUUGUUAUAUUAUUUAUUUAUUAUUCACUAUGACCUAGAAAUGGUAUGAUUUUGUUGGGUUUUUUAUUUAUAUUUAUUUUUAUUAUUUUUUCCUAUUAACUAUCAAUAUUUUAACAUUUUAUAUAUUUAUAUAAUUAUAAACAGAGCUAAACCAUUGCAAUAUGUAAAAGAAACGCUGAAAAUUCCAUGCUGUAAAUUGUUAUUGUUGUGGAAUAAAGUGAUUAUUAUUAUUAUUAU